AUGCCGGUGACCUUCGAGGAUGUGGCUGUGUAUUUCACUGAGGUGCAGGGGGCUCUGCUGAAACCCGGACAGAGAGCCCUCUACAGGGACGUCAUGCAGGAGAACUAUGAGACGGUGACCUUGCUGGGUGAUAGGACAGUGAGUGAAAACAUGGAGGAGACUCAGCAGCUGGAAGGUCCUGAGAAAGUGGAACCGCAUGAGAGGCUUUUGAGAAGAGCUGAAGGGAAUUUUUCCCAGUGCUUGGAACAGGGAGAAGCCUGGGGAGAUCGACACAGAUCAGACAUGCAACUGGGAAACUAUCCCGGGAAGAAACUGGAUGAAUCCACUGAACGUGAUGGAGGAUGGAAGGAUCCCAAGGAAACCACAGUCCAGCAGACAAGACACAAUGAAGAGAAACCCUACAAAUGCCUUGACUGUGGGAAAAGAUUCCGUUUCAGUGCAAACCUUAUUAAACAUUGGAGAACCCACACAGGAGAGAAGUCCUAUGAAUGCUUGGACUGUGGGAAAAGCUUCAGUGAGAAGUCACACUUCAUUACACACCGGAGACUGCACACAGGAGAGAAACCCUAUAAAUGCCUGGAGUGCGGGAAAAGCUUUAAUGAGACGUCACACCUUAUGUCACAUCACAGAACCCACACAGGAGAGAAGCCCUAUAAAUGCUUAGACUGUGGGAAAAGCUUCAGUAGGAAGCCGCAUCUUAUUAAACACCAGAGACUGCACACGGGAGAGAGACCCUAUAAAUGCCCCGAGUGUGGGAAAGGUUUUAUCGAAAGUUCAUCCCUUACUAAACAUGAAAGAAUCCACACCGGAGAAAGACCCUAUACAUGCCUUGAAUGUGGGAAAAGUUUCAUUCAGAGGUCACAACUUAUUAUACACCAGAGACUGCACACAGGAGAGAGACCUUAUAAGUGCCUUGAGUGUGGGAAUGAUUUCAGUAGUCGCUCCCACCUUAUUAAGCAUCAGAAAAUCCACACAGGUGACAAACCCUAUAAAUGCCUCGAUUGUGGGAAAAGUUUUGUUGACAGAACAAAACUUACCACUCAUCAGAGAAUCCACACAGGAGAGAGACCCCAUAAAUGUUUAGACUGUGGGAAAAGCUUUAUUGAGAAGUCACAACUUAUUCUACACCAGAGACUGCACACAGGAGAGAGACCUUUUCAAUGCUGUGAAUGUGGGAAAAGUUUUAUUCGGAGCUCAGUGCUUAUUACACAUCAGAGAACCCACACAGGAGAGAGACCUUAUAAAUGCCUUGAGUGUGGGAAAGAUUUUAGCGAGAGCUCAAGGCUUAUUACACAUCAGAGAUCCCACACAGGAGAAAGACCCUACAAAUGCUUGGACUGUGGGAAAACUUUCAGUCAGCGCUCAUACCUUACUAAACAUGGGAGAAUCCACAUGGGAGAGACACCUUAUAAAUGCCUUGACUGUGGGGAAAGGUUCAGUAAGAGCUCAGAGCUUACCAAACAUCAGAGAAUCCACAAGGGUGAGACACCCUAG